UCCUUAUCCAAUAGUUCACAAAAUUAAUACAUGAAUCUUAAAUAUUUUUUGUUUUUGGUUUUUCUAAGAUUUUUCGAUCUUCAUCUUUGUUUUUUUCUUCAAAACAAUACACAUAAUAAGCAAAGUUGAUAAAAUUAAUUCGCGCAUAAUUUUUAAGAGAAAAUUACUUUGCAAAUAAUGUUUAAGAGAUUACAAUUAUUGUUAUGAGAAAACAAUUAGCAAAAACAUUUUAAAUAAGCAAAUAAAUAAAUCUUGACUAAAAUAUCUUCUGCAAGCGAUUUUUGACACACAUUUUAAUUUGUGAAUAUGAGUGAACAUAGAAUUCUCAAUACUGUUACUGUUAGAAAAUGGUGUUUAAAUUUACUAAUGGCUAGAAAUCUUAGUUUCCUAAAAAACCAAUUUGUUAAGUUUGGACACAAGCAAAUUGUUUACUAAAAUUUGUGACACCUCUGCAUAUAGCUUCAUUUAUGACAAUUUUCUAAAUUGCGUUUAACAGGUCGGCAGAGUAACAGAGAAAGAUAAUGUUGAAUUCCUUAUUUGAUUGAAUAAUUAGUGACAAUCUUAGUAUCAAUUCUUACCUAUCUCCACGUAACGUCAAAGUUUUAUCCUAUUUAUCAUCUCUUCCAUCGAAUCAUAGUCCAACUCAUUAGAUUUAAUCCAAUCCUUCUGUUAUUGUUUCAACUAAUUUCUGUUUGGCAUGUAUAAAAAGCUCUUUGACCUCCAGUAUUUUUAACAAGUAACAUAUUUCAGAUUCCUUUUUCACACAUUAAAUACUCUACUCAAAACCUUUUUGUACAAACCUAUAUUUUAAUUUAAAACUUAACCAAAAAUGACUUCUCACGGUGAAGGAAUCGAAGAGGAGCAAAUAUCAAGAAUUGAAAAAGGAAUAGAAAAAGAUUGCCAUGGAGGAAUCGAGACAAUCAUAUGUACUUCCCCCAGCAUUGUUUGCCUUACUCAAAAGUUGAUAGCAGAGUUGAUUGGGACGUAUUUCAUAAUAUUUUCUGGAUGUGGAGUGGUGGUGGUGAAUGUGUUGUACGGUGGAAAAGUGACAUUUCCAGGGAUAUGUGUGACUUGGGGUCUGAUUGUUAUGGUCAUGAUUUACUCUGUUGGUCACAUUUCUGGCGCACAUUUUAACCCUGCCGUCACUAUCUGUUUUGCCAUUUUCCGGCGGUUUCCUUGGUAUCAGGUACCAUCGUAUAUAGGUGCACAACUUGCGGGGUCCUUACUAGCUAGUUUGACAUUGAGGCUAAUGUUCAAAGUCACACCCGAAGCUUUCUUCGGAACAACUCCAGCUGAUUCGGCGGCACGAGCGCUCGCCUCAGAGAUCAUUAUCUCAUUCCUCCUCAUGUUCGUUAUAUCUGGUGUUGCCACAGAUAGUCGUGCGAUCGGAGAAUUAGCUGGAAUUGCGGUAGGGAUGACAAUAAUAUUGAACGUCUUUGUAGCCGGACCGAUAUCUGGAGCAUCAAUGAAUCCAGCAAGAAGUCUAGGACCAGCAAUUGUGAUGGGAGUGUAUAAAGGAAUUUGGGUUUACAUUGUUGGUCCUAUCAUCGGAAUUGUGGCCGGAGGUUUUGUUUACAACUUCAUCAGAUUUACGGAUAAACCACUAGGGGAACUCACUAAAAGUUCUUCUUUCCUUCGUAAAGCUUCUUCCAACAACAAUGCUUCUAGUUCUAACAGCUAAUAUUUUGUUCUCUUUCUUGUAUUUGACUGUGUUAGUCUCUUCUAGACGUCUCUUUUGUUGUGUUAAGAUAAUUUGGUUUCUUUUGACUUGGUGUUUCUUUAAGAUUAUUAAGAAUUGUCCAUUUUGAUUUAUAAAAUAAUCAGAUAUUUUGGGUAAUUUUUUUUUUUGGAUUGAUUUUUGUUUUUGAUACAUGAACCAAACUAAAUCCGAUAAAAUUACAGAUAUUUUUGAUAUAAUUUAUCUGAACCGGAUCUAAGAGGUACCGAACCGUAUCCGAUAUUGAAUUUUAAAAUACUCCGAAAUACCUGAAAUCCAAGAAAUUAAUCUAACCCAAAUUCGAUCUGGUAUCCGAAUGCCUAAGCCUAAUUGUAAUCUAUAAUAUUUGUAGAAUGUAUAUUCUAUAGCAUCUUAAUAAGUAUUCCUUUUGUGAAAAUUUAUUUUGACCAAAUUUGUUUCCAAAAAAUAAAAGAUUCCAAAUUAGAAAAAUAUUGGAAGAUAAUAUUUCUGUUUACACUACCAUUAAAAUUUUUUGCAGUAUUUUUACAAUACUUAAAAAUAACAAUGUAUUUAAUUAUAAAAGUAUAUAAUAUACUUAAAUGAUAAAUGCUAUAUUUCUUAAACACAACAUGAAAAUAUAUUGGGCAAUUCUCAUAAAUAGAUCAUUUUCAAGUUUUGGUCACAAAAAUAGACCACAAAGAGGAAAAUGACCAAAAUGUUUCAUUUAAUAGG